GGACGAAUAUGCUCCCUACCAGAAGUUUUCCACACCCAGGACUUGAACGCGACACUUCUGAUUAAUGAUAAAUUAAAUUUUAUCCAUCCCGCCACAAUCUUCGAUGAUCAUGCAUACGAAAAUCAAGCGUGAUGUGCUUUUGAUAUUGGAAUUAUAUCACUGAUAGCUAGACCUAUUUUCAUUCAUUUUUGAAAAAGUUUAGGGGGUUGUAGGCCAAGAAGACAACAACUUUGCUUCCGCAAUCAAAUACAUUACCCCAUGCGUUUGUCCCAAUCUUAGGGGAUAAAAAAAAGUUAAUUUUUUCUUUAUAAAGUUGUUGUCUAAAGAUCCCAACUUUUUGUCAUUUCUGUCCUUAAAUAUUAAAGCUCUCAACUUUAUGGACCUUCCUCUUAAUCAUUUUGUUGCUUCUACAUAUUUUCAUUUCACAUACUAUCUAUGUGUGGUCUUGAGUCGGGUUCUAUCGGAAACAACCUCUCUACUUCACCUGAGGUAGUGGUAUGGUCUGCGAUCAGGAGGUCACAUGUUUAAACAGUCGAAACCACCUCUUGUGGAAAUGCAGGAUAAAACUCCGUACAAUAAGCUGGUUCGAUUCUUCCCUGAACUCCGUGCCUAGUGGAAGCUUUAUUGCACCAAAUUGUCUUUAUUUGUGUAAUUAGAAAAAUACAAUAUCACUAGCUUGCACCAAAAAUGAUAUGGAUACCUAAAUGGUAAGAACAUGCAUGAGAAAUGAAUCUAGAUUUAGAAAAAAGAAAGUUUACAAGGCGUAAAUAAUGGAUCUAGAUUGUAUGAAAAUGAUAUGAAUUUCCAAAAUGAAAAAAAAAAAAGAACAUGGAAAACUAAUCCAUUUUGAAAUAUUGCCAGUACAGUAAAAUUAAAAUGUGUUGGUAAACUAUUGAAUGAUUAAUAGUGCAUGAUGAGAAAGUAUUACCUCAAGGUUAUGGCCUAUAAAAAAGUAAAAGAUUCUUUUCUUAUUUGCUCUAUAACUUUCACAUGGUUACAUAACCACCAUAUUGAACUUUUUAUGCCUUGAUAAUAAUAAGUCUAUAUAUUCAUCAACACUCAAUUAAACGUAUUGCAAAAGCAAAAGUGAAAGAAGCAAAAAAUAAUACAAGGCUUUGAAUGAUCAUUACAAAAUGUAUUGGUAUGAAGUCAAUAAAGGACAACUCGGCGCACUAAAACUCCGGCUAUUUCACAACUUGAAUCCAUGACGUCUUGAUCGCAUGACAACAACUUGGUUUGAAGUCCAAUAUGACCAAGAAAGAAAGAAAACAAAAAAAGACUAAUAUUAUGGAAAUCAAAUGAGUUAUGGAUUGCCUAAAAAGAAUAAGAAGCAUCAAUAGGAAGACUUAUGGUAUUGUUGUCCAAAGUCAUUAACUUUUAAAGUGGGGUUACCAUCAUGCAAGGCACUACUAGAUAGCAAAAACUCCACAUUGUGUUUGGUGUUUGCAUAUUCUUCUUUUCUUGUACAAUCUUGUCUUGGUGACCUAAUCUUGUUUGUUGAAGAUCCCUAUUCAUUUCUUUAUUUACCAAACAAUUUUUUUUUUAAAAAACCUUUGUUUGUUUGUCCAAAAUUCGAUCACACUUUUGUUGGAUGUUCACAAAAAAAAAAAUAUUACUACUACUAUCAUGGUGGUUGGUGACAAAAAAGUAGUUUGUGUGGAGUUGAUACAUUUUGGAGUCUUUUGAAAGUUGGUAUGCAUCACCUUCUUCAUCAGCUGUACUUUUUUUUGUUCCUUGUGACAUUAACUCAUCCUUCAGAUAAAAAUUCCAAUUUGGUUUUUGUUUCAAUGAAUCAGCAGAGGGUAGGACAGGCAUUUCACUAUUAGAUGAAAGCUAGCACCUUUUCUUUGUUUGUUUGUUUGUUCUCUCUCUAUCCUAACUACAAGACAUGUCCUUUUCUUUACAUUAAAAUAAAGUCUUAAAAGAAUCAGAAUUUUCAUGUAAAAGAAAAGUGGCAGGAGUAAGAGUUGUUUCUUGAUAUUAUUAUGAUGUUGUUUGAUUGAGGGGUUCUGUUACUUUCUUGAAAAAUAAAGUUUUUUUCCUUUUUUUACUUGGAUGAAUUUAUUACUUUUGUUGUUUUCUGGUGGAUUUGGGACACAUCAUUAUUGCAUGUGUACUAGGUGUCAGGUCAUUGGAAAUUUGUCAUAUGAAAAUAUGGAGGCUUUAUGAGGUUAAAGAUUGGAUCUUUUUCAGUUGUAAUGGUCAUUCUUGAAAUGAGUUAUUGAUGAAGGAAGGCAGUUUGAUGAGGGUUUUGUUCUGCAAAAUCCAUUGUCCAUUUAUUUGUUUCUGUAAACCCUCUGCUGCUCAUCUUUAUACACCAGGUCCAUUGAAAUUGGAAAGUACCCCACAUGUUCCUGCUGGUGCCUCUAAUCAACAAUCUGAGGUUAGUAUAGAUGCAUCAAAUGGUCUUAAAAGCUGUAUUAGGAAAGGUCCUGAUGCUGCUUCAAAUGAUAUUACUGACAAGAAGAGAGUUCAAUGGAUGGAUAACAUAGGGAAAGAACUUGUUGACAUCAAGGAGUUUGAAUCCAGUGAAACGGGAGAUACUGACACAGAAGAGGAGACAAAACAUUGUCUAUGCAUUAUCCUUUGAUGCUACUUAACCAGCUUCUUCCUGCAACUACUUCCAAGUAGCUGCAGUUUUACGUAAUAGAAGAACAAUGAAGAAUUGACUUCAUGUGCACUAGAACAUUGUUCACGAUUGGAAAAGCUACAGGUGCCAAAGUCACUCAUUUAAGCAUGCUUCCAUCAGCAUUGCUAUUCUUUUUCAUUUGCAUCGAGAUUCUCAUCCAUCCGCGCUUUAGUAGAAGUGGAGUUGAUGCAUUCAUUUCAAUGCCAGACUCCUCAUUUGAUUAUCUGGGAGUGAAGGUUAUUCAUGUCUCUCUUUCCUGCCAUUGCGGAUUGUGGUCACUUCAAGAUUUCUUAUGUGAGAAUUCAGGUCAACUGACAAUUGCUCCCUGUUGUAAAAGUGUGAAGCCAAAUUGAUGUUUAUUCUUGCUUGAUUCGUCUGAGUAAUAAAACUACACGCAAGUUCACUGUCUUC